CAAUUUUGUGGAAAUUGUCCAGAUGUUGGUUGAUUUUUGAACGUCUGGAUUAUUUAAUCCAUUUAAACUUGUAAUAUGGCUGAUACAAAUUUCAGUUUGACGUUUUGUCUCCCUCCGCUGAAAAUAAAAUUCGGCUUCUCAUUAUAACCCCUUCGACCAGCCAAAUAAUGGUGGGACAGAAAGUGAAAUGAAUAUUUGUAACGGCCUUAUUUGUUUACAUCAAGAAUUUAUCUGGAAAUUUCACCAGAAUUUUUUUUUCUUUGAAUGGUCUGAUCUGUUUUUUUUUUUAAUUUUCUCUAACAAGUUUUAUGGAAUUGAAGAUUCAUCUCUCAAAUUCUAGCAAAAUGUCCAAGGAAAAUUUUCACAAAAAAACACACUAGGAAACUCUUACGAGUUUUCUUGCGGUUUUUGAAGGGUUUACUCCUAGUACAUGUAUCAACAUUUUACCAACAAUGUAUUGAUAAUUCACCAUAAUUUUCUAAAAAAAAAUCUAAUAGUUCUUCUAGGAAUUUAUCCCGGAAUUACACAAGAUAUUUUCAGAUUUCCAGAUAUUCCUCCGUAAAUUUGUACUAGAAUUCCUGAAAAUGCUGCAUUUGUAAGCUGCAGAAAAUUCCAUAGAAAAUUCUGCAGGAAUACAUCUAGAUAUUUUCCUACAAUAUUCUGUUCCUGGAAUAAUAAAAAUCAUACUAACUUUUCAGAAACGGUUUGAUUAACUUCUCAAGCUAUUUCUUCACACAAAUUUAUGUUUGCAAUGUUUCACAUCCAUAUAAUUGGAUGUGACGGCUAGAAACUUGUUGGAAAAGGGAUAUGGCUGACUCAGUCUUUAAAUAAAGAAAAUUGUCAUCAUUUUUGUAUUUUUUUUUUUCAAUUUUGCAUUGGUAACGUCUAUUUAACACUUAUACACCCGAUUAUUUAUUCUAAAAUUUCAGCAGUAUUUUUAUUUGAUUUCUUCCAGAAAUAAAAAAAACUUAAAUAUUUCAUUAUUUUCAUUUAAAUAUCCCACAUUACGCCUGGAACUUUGACAGGAAAUGUUUAAGGAAUGCUUUCGCUUUUUCAGGCCAAGGAAUUGUUUGAAGAAAUUGUAAAAGAAUUCUUGCAGGAUUUGUGAAGUAUUCUCCAAUAAAACUAGGAAUUCCACAAAAAAUCGCCCUGAACUUUUCAAAAAAAAAAAUAAAUAAAUAAAUACUUAUUUCGGAAUUCAACCAAGAAAAAUAAUUAUGUGACUUGAUUUUUUUUAAAUUUAUUUCUCAAGUAUGUUUUUCUGGAAUUCUUGUAGCAAUUUCCUUUGGAGAUGCCCUUAGCACAUCUGCAGCAAUUUGUCAAUAAAUAAUCUAAGAAGUUCCUACAGAAAGAAGCUAACCAAGUAAUUUCACAAGGUGAAAAUUCGGCAAAGAUUGUAAGGUACACCGGGGCAAGUUGAAACGGGUGGGUCAAGAUGAAACGCGAAGUUUUGAAAUAGAUUUCAAUACAAUUUGGAUUUUUUUUCUUUCGCCAAAAGAUUGUUUGAAUCAAAAACUAUAUGUUAUGGCAUACAAGCCGUUCCCCAUCAUUCGAUAACAUCAUGUUAACCCGGUGUUUCAUCUUGCCCCACCCGUUUCAACUUGCCCCGGUGUAUCUUAGCCAGAAACAUAUCAAAACAUUUCUUCAGGAUUUCCCUUAUAAUGUUCACAGGAAAUAACUCCUGAAAAUCCUCCUGAAAUUUUUAUUGUACUUUCUCAACCUUUUUCUCCUUGCAUCCUGGACGUCAUUCUUUUAGGAUUUCUCCCAAACAAUUCUUCUGAAAUCCCCCAAGGCAUUUCUCAAAAAUUCAAACAGAAAUGUUAUAAGGAAUUUAUCCAGUAAUGUCAUUAGAACUUCCGUCUGUAUUUUCACAGAAAUUCUCGAGUAAUUCCCGAAGAUUUUUUGCCAAUCCUGCAGGACAUUUAUCUGUAAACUUCCUCAGGCUAUUCCCAUGGAAUUUAACCAAGAACUCUUCUAAAAAUUCCCUAGGAAAUCUCCAGAAAUGGUUUUUCUGAUGUUUCUAUAUUUUUUCAGGAAUUCUCCCAGGUUCUGCAAGAAAUUCCUUUGGGUAUUUCGCUUGGAUUUCCUCCGGAAAUAACACCAAGAAUUUUCCCAGUAUUUCUCCUGAAACUUCAAUUGGAAGGCUCCAGAAGUUCUCCUAGGAAUUCUUCAAGGAGCUCUUUGACCAACGCCUGUAAGACUUGCUGUUUUUCUAUACAAAUUUAAGUUUAUCUUACUUAACAUUUAUUUUGCUAAAGUUUUUUUUUUCUUUAGUUCCGCUGGACAACAAAACAUACUGGACGAAAAGUCUGUGAUAAUUUAAUCCCUGAGGAAGGUCCCAAAUGUGACCGAGACGUUGUACAAGAUUAUAUGGCAGUAUUAGAAUUUGGUCAAGAUCGAAAAGGCCAUUUUCUAGUUGCAUUCUAUCACAGUCGAAACCUAAAAUAUGAUUAAUCUGGGCUACGUGAAAUUCUAAAAAUUUAUACCGAUACUCAUGAAACAUAAAAAAACAAAAUGAUGAAUGAUGUUGAGAAAUUUAAUAAAAGUUCCCGGACCCAAAUUAUAACAGAAUUCCCAAAAUUUGUACAAUAGCUUUUGGAAAUUUCGGAGACGUUUUUGGAGAAGUCUGCCUAAAAUUUCCAAAGAAAAAAAUAUAGAGAUUAAUCAAAAUUUACCACUGAAAUUUCUCUAGCAAUGUACAUUUCCUGGUUUCUUCCAGUUUUCACUUAAACUGCACGUGCACACUUAGAUAAAACUAUGGUUUCACUUUCGAACACGGCUACGGUGCAAACGCGACGGACUUACUUUUAAUUACGGUGCGAUGGCCAUCCUGGUAUUCACCAAGUGGGUCGCAUUGGAGUCUUCAACGUAGUGGUCGAUAGCCAAGAUUGGAUAACAUCCAAUUGGGUCGAGCUAAAUCAAAAGAAUCCUUUAUUGUCUGAAAGUUCUAGGGUUUUUAUACCCUGUCAAAUACAAUACAUUGCAUGUGUCUGAAAGAGUGGUAUAGAUAUGUAAAGAAGACGACUGGAGUGACAAAUAGCCAAAAUUGCCUAUCCUUGCAUUAUCGAUUCUUUUGGGUUAUUUGUUUCAAGUGCCUAUGGCUUUGUAAUUUGAAUCCUCCGCGCUGCGGGCUAUCGGCCCUCGCGCCACACAAGUAGAGGUGGAGAGAGAGUCGAUAGAACGGUGCGCCUUGGUGGCUAAUGACUUCCAGAUGUGUUGUUUACGAUUGCAUAACUAUGCGCUUUUGCGUCCGGUCGUUGCUUUGUUAUUGGUGAGUAAAUUUUAUUACAGUUUGACUUUGCAUGUAUGACAAUUGUGUAUUAGUGUAUGCUACAUACAUCCUGGAAUUUCGAUAGGUAAUUUCGGCGUGAAUUUGUCAAAGCUUUAAAAAAAUCUCCAGAAACUUCCUAACGAAUUUCACCGGCAAUUCAUGAAGGAAUUUCAACGAAUUAUUCCAGGAAUUUCCGUAGAUUCGCCCAAGAAAGCUCUCCUGCAGAGGUUUUCCUAUAUUUUUCCCAUAAAUUUUCACAACAGUUGUCCCUGUCAUUACCGCAGAUACAUAUGUACCCCGGAGUACCUCCAGGACUUCCUCUAAACAAUUCUCACGGUAGAGCUAACUGUAAAAAAAAUCAGCAGGAAUUCCCAAGAAGAAGGCACAAUAAAUGUGUCCGAAACGUCGGAUGAAAACAUAAGAAUCCGUUUUUGUUCUAGUUUCGAGAAAAGACAGUUUUUGAACUGAUUCUUUAAACGUGAAAUUUGCAUUGAAGUCUAAAGAAAACGAUGAUCAAUGCAGAAUUCUACGAAUCUUGCACAGCAAGUCUGGGAAUGGGCCAAUGGAAUUUUAAGAAAACAUUUAAAGCUAAGUUUUACCAAUGCUGAACACAUUUUAUCGUGGAAAAUAAAUCCUAAGAAUUGCAGACAAAAAGCAGCUUUAUUUAUUGUAAGUAGGGCAAUUAGCUUUAAUUUGUACAAAGGAGGUAGCCUAUUUAAUUUUAAAAAACAAAUACGCGAAAUGCGUUGAAAUCACCGAAGAGCGUUCAAACAACAUUUUGGAAAAUUUUGUAACUUUUGUUUGUAAGAUACAAGCUGGUUGUAAAAGAGUAACAACAACAAUAGCAAAAUAGUAAAAAAAUAUCAAAAUAUGAUAGCAAUUGUACAUGUAAAAGAACGUCGAAGAUGUAUGUAACUAUACUUUAUUUUAUGCAAUAAAAAAAAAAAAAAAUCUUAAAGUGUGAUUUGAAAAAUGUAAUGUGCAAUUUGGCCGAAGCUAAUAAUAUGUUUCUCGUACGAAGCCUAUCAUCGGUUCAAUAUUAAUUCGACCAAAUGUCCUGUUGGUCUGUUGCUCUGUCAACCUGGAAAUGGCCAUUCGUUUAUGUUGACCAGCGUUUCUCAAACCAUGCAUCAUAAACAAAGCUUACGUUGGCUCCCUAACACUUAGAUUCUCGUCCUUCAACAUUCGGCCAAUAUUUGUAUAGUUUUUUUAUUUCCUUCUUUUAAAUUCAUUUUCGGUAAUUUACAAAGAAUUUCCUGCCGCAUUUUUUUUUUCAAUUCUCAAAUUCCAAGAUAUCCUUUUUUCUUCAUUAAGGUGUUUGAAUAUGACUUCCAAGAAAGUUUACAAAAUUUCCAUUGGAAAUUGCUUUAAAAGUAUUUAAAAUUCUCAAAAAAUUGGUACUUAAUUCGUUCGCAUUCUAAAAUUUAUCAGUAAACAGUGGUACUUAUAAAAGAAAUAAAUGGAGAUUACUUUUAUAAGUAAUAAUGCAACGAUCAUUAUAAAAAUUUCACUUAGACCCCACCUUACUAGUUCCUAGUCGUUCAAAACCAGGAUGUUAGGCAAGAAGAUUGUCGUUGUGAUUGUAUUGCUCAAUUAUGGCCCUUUGUUAAUUUCACCUUCUAUUCCAUUUCUCUCAUCGCACUCUUGCGAUUAUCUACCGUUUCUUUCAUUACUUUCGUUAGUCCCUCCUUCUUUGAGUUGUUUUAACAAUACCGAGAAAAGCCAAUAAAAAUAAAUUAUCAUACUACUUAGUAAAGCGAAACUAAAUCAAUUUCCUCAUUUUAUGGUUAUAUUUUUUAAUAAUUGAGAAAUACUUUAAAAUCGAUUUCCGUACACAUUUAAAGGAAGAAUUAGUUUUUAUCCUGGUAGAAAAUCUUUUAAUUUUUUCACAAACAUUAUUUUCGAUUUUUUUAUAUGCUUUCUGUAAAAAAAUCCACCAGGAAAAAAAGUAGGAGAUACCUUGAUCCUUCCACUAUACGUGUACCGAAACUUAUUUUGAAAAUUUUGCUCCGUUAUUUAACAAAAGAUAAAAAAUUUAAAAUCGGAAAAUUUAUCCAGUUAAGGUAAAAACGGUGUAUUGCAAACUUUUAAAGAAAUUCAAACAAAAUGUCUCCUGACAAGAAUUUUAAUACUUAAGUGGGAAUAAAUUCCAGCUAUUAUCAAUGAACCUGAUGAAACAUUUAUUGAUUUAUUUUUUAAACUAUUUUUUUUUAAAUAAGGAAACCCAUAGAUACACUUUUCAGUGAAUAACAAUUGAUUAAAAACAUAAUGAAGAUUUGUUUUAAACUCGGCAAAAGCUCCAAGAAGGAACCAUCCUGGAUUAUAUAGAAUAUGAUGCUAAGAAGGGCUUGUAUUGAAUAUGUGAAAAAAUUACAAGAGCUAUGCAUUUACGGGUUUAUGAACAUAUAUUUUAGAAAAAAAAAUUAAAUCGAAACAGGAUGCUUCUCCUUUGUGAUUUAUUUUAUGAAAUAACUGAGCAAUAUUUUUAAAGUGGUUUUCAUACACAUUCAGAAAAAUUAUCAUGGUAUCUUCAGAUUUUUUCCUAUUUGAAAAUAUUUAUCAGAUUCUCAAAAAACAUUUUUUUCAAUUUUGAUUUUUUGUUGUAAAACGAUUGUAAAUUAUAAGAUACCUUGAUUCUUCCUCUACGUAUGGAAAUCGAUUUUGAAAAUUUGAUCUGUUAUUUAAAGGGUUACAUACCUUGCUGGGAUAAAAAAAAUCGAACAUUUUUUAUCAACUUAUCAUUUAUUUAUGAAAAGUAAACCGUUGAUCAAAAAAAAAAACGUUUUUUUUAAAUUAUCGAACCGUCAUAACUUUUCAGCCAAUUGUCAAAUUUUCAUUUUUUUUACGAAUGAAAAGAUUACUAGUUCUAGAAUAAAAAAAAUAUAUCCCACAACAAUAAAAGUAAACUUUAAUAUGCAAAACCGUUCAAAAUGUUGUUUUUUAAUGAUUUUCACAAUGUUGGACCACAACGACUAUACCUUUUAUAUUUUCAACGAAAUUUUAACUAUUUUUACAUAACAUAUCAAAUAAUAAGAUAUGUUCUUCAAGUCGUUUUUUAGCUGCAUUUUUUUUUUUUUAAAUUUCAAGUAUUGUGUUCAUACAUGUAUGGAAACUCCAUCACUUUGAAAAUGCCGUUUAUUUCAUUUAUUUAUUUUUGUUUAUACAUAUACAGCCAUGGGCUACUGGGUGAAUAUCAAUCAGUAAAAAAUUACCACGAAUUCGCCUUCUGUGGAGUAAUAACCCUCCAAGAUUUGCUUCAGGCAUUCUUUCAGAAGCUCCUUCUGAAUUCCUCCAUAAAUUCCUUCUGAUUUUUCUACGAACAUUCUUCUUAGAUUCCUCCUAGACUGCUUUUUAAGAUUCAUUUUUUGAAAUUCCUCCAGGAAUGCCUUCUUCCUAAGAUUUCUCCGUAGGUUCUUUCGUGGGACCCCCAGGAGUUUCUUCUGGUGUUCCUCCAGGAAUUAAACCUGGGAAUCCACAAGAAGUUAUUUCUUGGAUUCGCCAAGAAGUUCCUUAGGGUUUCUUUUUUAAGAAUUCCUCCAGCAGUGCCUUCUGGUAAUGCUUCAAGAGUUUCUUCUGUUAUUUUUGAAGGAGCUCUUUCUGAGAUUCCUCAAGGAGUUUCUUAGAAUCUGUCUUUGAUUCCUCCAGAAGCUCCUUCGAGGAUUCUCUUAGGAGUUCCAUUACGACUACCUCCUGAAGUUCCUUCUGGUAUUGCUCCAAAUUUUUCGAAGAUUGACUAGUAGUUGUUUCUGGAAUUUAUCUAAGCGUUCUUUCAAAGAUUCAUCCUUCUGAGAAUUUCGAUCGUGACGGUUCGAAAGCUAAAAAAAAAUAAGGAAUGUCGUUUUUUUUGUACCACCCUAUUUUCAAACUGGCCACCCUAAUAGCAUAACAAAAAAUUACGUGUCUAAUUAUUUUCGGUAACGAUCAUAUCUAAAAAUUUUGAAACUAUGAAAAAAAAUGCAAAAAAAUCUUGUUUGGUUUUUCUGAUCUCAACUCGUCAUAAAAGCUGAAACUUACUCUUGAAGCGGUGAUUUUAUGUUCUCUGUAGAUUUUUUAGAUCUGUUCUGAUAAAAAGUAAUAUUAUUGAGCUUUAUCAAAAGUUUCCGAAAAUCAGAAAAAUGUUCACGACAAUAAAACUAAAAAUAAUCAACAGUCAUAUUGCCAGAUUCUUAGACCGGAAAAACUGUGUCGUGUGACCAGGAUAAAGUUUGAGAAUCGCUGACGUCAUCCAGCCCUUAUUUCUUUCCUAGACUUUCGCUCAUGUAAAAUUUUUAAAAAUUGUAAAAGCUUAGACUUUUGUUAUAAAUGUCUCCUACACGUCUAUAAGUGUUUUUUGAACGAUCAGACUCAAUCCGACGUAAUCUGUCAAUUGAACUUGACAGGUUAGCCUAGGCUAACUAACAUUGUCGAUUGUUAUCAGUUUGAAAUGCGUCCAUGCAUUCAGUUCCGUACUCAAUUAUACGAGUUCAAUUUGCGAUAAUCAGCUGUCUGCUCAGUUGCUCUAGCAACCUAGUAAUCUAGUUUCUAGCUGCUUAUCGCAAUCGAUCGAUUUAAACUGAACUGCAGUUCUUUCUCAACCGAUCGAGUGAAAUGAGCUUACUGCGCAGUUUAUUGUCGCUUCUGGUGCUAACCCUCCGAUACUCAACGGCCCAGAAAGUCUACGAAUGUGAAAACUCUUCAAGUGAUGUCUGCGUUCUGGUGGGCGUUGAGCACACCCCAAACGAUGAGGAACCGAUCAUCCUACCGGAAGAACUUCAGUUUGUUGAGAUGGUGAACGGAAACAUUCCGAAAAUCGAUGAAGAUUUUUACAACGAAUUUGGUGAACCACCCACAAACUUCACGGUCACCAACUGUAACGUGGAGCAACUGUUCGUGAGUCCACAGUUCGUACACCUGAAUGCCACCGGAAACAAACUGAAAACGGUGACGAUCAACGGCAAAGUGUCCUACAAUCGGUUGAAAAUGCUGAUCGUUUCGCGAAACCAACUUCGACGGCUACCAAACAUCAAAGACCUGGCGCAGCUGGAACAUCUGGACGUGUCCCGCAACAUCAUCGACUUCAUCGAUCUGAACGUCUUCCAGCGAUUGACGAACCUCAAAGUGCUGAACUUGGAAGGUAACCGGAUCAACUCGUUGGACGGCCCCUUCCGAUUGGGGAAGCUUACCGAACUCCGUCUGAACAGCAACGAGUUGCAGGAGAUCAGCUUCGACUCGUGGAACUUGUCCAAUCUGGCUAUUUUCGAUCUGAGCUUGAACCUGCUGAUGUACCUGAAUGGGGAUGAUCUGCGGGAACCAUUCCCGAGGUUGCGCUAUUUGGGACUCCCGGGGAAUCAGUGGAACUGUCGUGCCCUGCCGAAGCUGUUGGCGACCUUACAGGAGCGAUCGGUUCGGUUUUUCGGAGAUGUGACCCGAUGUGGUAAGAAUUGGACAACGGUACAGGGACUCUGCUGUCAGGAUAGCUAUGUUAACUGGGUGACGCUGCAUUCGCAGUGGGAGAUCCGAAAGCUGGAACGGAGGAUACAGACAUUGAACGAUACGUUGCUGGCGGAUUUGGCGAAGGUGAAGGACGAACAGGGGACGCAGAUUGCGAAGCUGGAGCAGCAGAUCGAGGAACAGGAGGGGUUGAUGGUGAACAUGAAGAGACAUCUGAUGUCGAUGGAAGGGCUGAUUGAGGAUCUGAUCGAAGAGUUGUAUUUGAGAGAGGUGGAGAGUGUGAAAUCGAGUAAGGAUGAGGUUCAGAAGGAUGCAGAGGAGAAAGCUCCGAAGACGAAGCUGGUUUAUUAAGUAGUCUAAAAUCUUUAUCAUUCUACGUUUAAGAGCUUUAAAUUUGUAGUAAUAAAGUUUGCUAGCAUAACUUAAA